AGUGACGUCACCUACCACUUGUAUAGAUCUGUAUAAUGACAUCACACUACACUCAUUAACCCAUGCAGUGCCUAGAGCGGAGCAGGCGGUGUGUUAGCUGCAGACACAGCGUAGUAGGAUCCCAGCACCAGCCGGAGGUUCAGCCCGCCCUCCAGCAGCCUGCAGCCCGGCAAGAUGAGCGACGUGAGCCCGGUGCCCGCCCCGCAGCAGCCCCAGCCACAGCAGCAGGAAGCGGCGCUGCCGGUGCCCAGGCUGCGGGCGCACGAUAACCGCACCAUGGUGGAGAUCAUCGCGGAUCACCCUGCGGAGCUGGUACGCACGGACAGCCCCAACUUCCUCUGCUCGGUGCUGCCCUCCCACUGGCGCUGCAACAAGACCCUGCCGGUGGCAUUCAAGGUGGUCGCCUUAGGAGAGGUGCCGGAUGGCUCUGUGGUCACAGUGAUGGCAGGGAACGAUGAAAACUAUUCUGCGGAACUCAGGAAUGCGUCUGCCGUCAUGAAAAACCAAGUGGCGAGAUUUAACGACCUAAGAUUUGUGGGCAGGAGUGGAAGAGGAAAGAGCUUUACGUUGACAAUAACGAUUUUCACUAACCCGCCACAAGUUGCCACCUACCACAGAGCCAUAAAAGUGACGGUGGAUGGGCCGCGGGAGCCGAGACGGCACAGACAGAAGCUUGAUGACUCUAAGCCUAGUUUGUUCUCUGAGCGCCUCAGUGAUUUGGGGCGUAUUCCUCAUCCCAGUAUGAGAGUGGGUGUCCCAACUCAGAGUCCACGGCCCUCCCUGAACUCUGCACCAAGUCCUUUUAAUCCACAAGGACAGAGUCAGAUUGCAGACCCUAGACAAACGCAGUCAUCUCCUCCGUGGUCCUACGAUCAGUCGUAUCCAUCGUACCUGAGCCAGAUGACCUCUCCAUCCAUCCAUUCCACGACUCCGCUGUCCUCCAGCCGCGGCACGGGGCUCCCAGCUAUCACGGAUGUGCCCAGACGCCUCUCAGGUACCUCAGAGUUGGGCCCGUUUCCUGAUCCCCGGCAGUUUACGAGUAUUUCCUCCCUAACGGAGAGUCGUUUCUCUAACCCGCGAAUGCACUACCCUGCAACUUUUACUUACACUCCUCCGGUGACCUCAGGGAUGUCUUUGGGUAUGUCGGCAACCACUCACUAUCACACCUAUCUGCCACCACCUUACCCUGGCUCCUCCCAGAACCAAAGUGGACCCUUCCAAACCAGCAGCACUCCCUACCUUUAUUAUGGUACGUCGUCUGGAUCAUACCAGUUCCCCAUGGUUCCGGGGGGUGACCGUUCUCCUUCUAGAAUGCUUCCGCCCUGUACAACAGCAAAUGGCACCACAUUGCUAAACCCGAAUUUGGGCAGCCAGAACGACGGUGUGGAUGCAGACGGAAGUCACAGUAACUCCCCCACGGUGUUAAAUUCUAGCGGCCGAAUGGAUGAGUCCGUGUGGAGGCCUUAUUGAUCACUCCACCUUGGCUGACGAUGUGUAGUUUGUGAGACUUUAUUCAGAAAAAUAUGGAAGUGCCUUUAAAAAACAAAACAAGAAAAUGCAUUUUAUAUAUGAUGUCAUAUUCUGAGUGCGACUCAAAAAGACGCUGAUUAAACGUUUGCAAUAGACUUACCGAUCAAUAAUUAUGCCAUUGUGAUACAAAGUCAUAUCUGAAAGCACACAUUUGCCUUAAACUAUAUAUUUAUAUUGAACUAAAGUUAUUCCAAAGAGAAUUAUGGCUUUUCCUAGUUUACGCUCUGUCAAAUAUUAUUGUGACUGAAUGGGAAAAGAGAUCGCAGAUAAUUGUGGGAAUCUAAAAAGACUUAUUCAUUCCAAUACCAAAAAUGUGGUGUAAAAAAACAAAAAAGUGCCUUAUUUACAGGAAAAAAAAGGGAUGACCUCAAACGCAACAGAAAACUGCACAAAGCACGUCCCUACGUUUAUCCGAACUUUUCCACGGUUUGUUAUCAUUAUGGUACGGACUAUAAACAAUGCAACAUGCACUUGUCUCAAUAUUUUCAGUUUUAUGCCUUUAGACGAAAAAAAAAAAAUUCCAAAAACAUACAUAAUAUAAAACAUUGCCUAUGCCAACACAAACGUAAUAAUAUUAGCUCAAAAAGGUAUGAAUUUUUAUGUUUUUGUGUUUUUUUUAAAUUAUCAUUAUGUGUUGUGGAGGGGAGGUUGCUUUUUGUCUUUUUUUAUAUAUAUUUUUUAGUUUUAUUUUUUUGGGGGGAUUUAUCUUAACAAUUUUUAAUUUAUAAUUAUUUAAUAAUAUUUGGACCCUUAAGUGUUUGUUUAUGUCAAAGAUGUGCUGACAGGUCCCUAAACAUGUUUUUUUUUCUCCUUAAUGUCCUAUAACUAUAAUCUCAUCCACAAAGGUUAAGAAACUGAGAAUGCACUUAUUGCUUGCAUGCGGUGGAGGUCGGCCAUCUUGUCUGCUCGGCUAAUCAGUUCUCUGAGCAAAAGUGACACCAAUGAGACAAUGUUGGUUCAGACCACAAGAUGGCCGCCUCCAUCAGGUGUAGGUAACGGGUGUAAUUUAAUAAUGCUUGUGUUCCAAGAACUGUAGUAUUAUAAUGUGCCUUGUUUAUUUGUGUCUUGAUAGAGCCUACAGUUAUUACUGUAUACUCUGUAAUAUUCGGUUGCCAGAGAUAUCCUUACAAUGUGCUGGAAUGUCAUCAAAUGACAGAGUACAUGUAAAAUGUUUUAACUACGGAUGUAAAAACAAAGGGUUAUGUAGCGAUAUGCAAUUAAAUUAGCUAAAGUGAUUUUUUUUUUGUUAAUGCAACUUUAAAGCCAUAAGCACUAUUGUUAUCUUAGUCAUAUCAUAUUCGUUUUUUUUCCCAUUUUUGUUUUAAAUGCACUGCCGUCAAUUGCUAUGACUUUAGUCUUGCACUUCUCUGUUCAGAAUACUCCUUGUAAACCGAGAUAUGUAACUAACAUGCUGAUGAUGCACUUAAUCUUAGUUUGUGUUAGCACUGAUGCAUCAACAUACAGUAUGGCCAAUUUAGGCCUGGAGGAUUUAAUCUGAGAGUUGCGUUGAUGGAAAUACAGUAUAUCUGGAAAUAUGUAGCUCCAUACAGUAUAGAACAAUGAUUUGUUUAAUGGGGAAAUGUAUUAAGCCUCGAAGAGAGAUAAAGUUGCCCAAAUCAACCGAUGAGCUUCUGUCCUUCAUCUACGUAGCACAGUCUUUAUAAAAGACAGUUAGAAACUGAUUGAUUAUUUUGGGCUGACUACUCCACUUGAUUCAUCUCCCCUUGAGUAUCAGACAGCUGCCUAGGGUACGAGCAGUAUAGGGGUCUCCAGUCCAAACCAUGUUAUUAUUGUAAUAACACACCCAGCUUUGGCUGGGGUUAAUAAUGUUGCAUACCGUCUUGCCUUGGGGUGACUGAGAUGGCAGAGCAGGCUCUGUCAGUUUUCUUGUCUUAAAUCAUUUUUUUCUUGUAGUUUAAUGAGUUUCUUGCACUUGGCCCAUAAUUAUGAGCAAUAGAGACCCAGUAAUGUUUUUUUCUUAUACUCUUGGCCUUGUAGAUGGCAUAAAGUGGAACAGGGAAUUUUUUUACAAAUGCCUUGAUUCGUUUCGCAAUUGGCAAACCCUUUUCCAGUUCUACUAUUGCAAUAAUAAUUGUUCCUCUCCUGUGCGGAAUAGGAAACGUUAGUAACUGCUGCAGCACUCCCAAUAAAUCGUAUUUAAUAGUGUGAAACUGUUACUGAGUUAUCCCAACUGAUAUUAGCAUGGGCAUACCACCCAGAGUACUGAUUUGCAAGCCUCCAAAUGAGCGAGGUUUACAUGUAAGUGCCAUAUCAGGGUAGACUUACAAAUUGGACAUGGUGAGGCUUGAGAAGAACAGGGUGUGGCUUAUUUUGUCCUAAUUCUGCCUUAAUUUUGAGAGUCAGGGACGCAGAGAGGGCCAUUAUUAAUUAUUUGGGCCUGGGACUUUUAGAGCGACCCUGCAGGAGCCCUGGACCAUGGUACUGAUGGGGACAAAUAUACCCCUUUAGAGCAUGCAUAGUGUUUUCCAUUGAUUUUUUUGUCCCAAAGAGGCCAUGGCCACGCCCCCUGCUUUGACCACACCCCCUCAGUACACGGGCCCCGUGCAUGUCUCAACAGCCCUGUUGGGAGGUUCAGCAUAAGUAAUCAGCAUAAUAACGGGUAAUAUUUCAGAACCUUCAAGAAAAACUAAAGCAGCAGUUUGGAAACCAGGCCUAAUACUGAAAAUGUUUCGGAUCUGUUAAAUAUAAUUUAGUCUGGCAUCCCCUUGUCUCGUGUUGCAGUUACUGUAGCACAGAAAAUUGUUUGCCUGGUUGCUAAGACGUAGUUAGCCUGAUUCCGAGUCAAGCGUAACCUUCGUAUGUGAUGCAUUUAGCGAUUUUCCACAAACUACGAAUGUUUCAUUAUUGCGAAUGUACACACGAGUCAGAGUAUAACGCUUGCAAUCCCCUUGUGUUGCGUUCUUAGUACAUGCAACUGGCAAUCAGCCCCAGUGUUUGCAUUUUAUAGUAUUUUUAUGCAUAUGUUAUCUUUUCUCUUUCUCUAACCUCUCAUCAUUUACUAUUGCCAAAGCUGGUUGCAUUCACUAAUGUUUAAUAACCCCUUCUCGUCAACUCAUUAGGCCGUACCAGGCAGCGGAAGAGGUAAUGAAAGUGAUACCUUACUCUUUGUAGGGGAAGGUUAUGUGACCGUCGGUCUCCUGACCGCUGGUCACAUGACUACAUCCCCUUUGUAGAGUCUGUUGUCAAUAAACACAAUCGAGCCUUCAGCACAUCAGCAGUGUCAGUGUGCGGUCAGAGAUCUGAGGCACUGAGUGUUCCCUGCAUCGGUGAAGGAAUGACACACGGAACCCGUUCCCUUCUUUAUCAUCCGCUGGUUCCUUUUUGUAUGAGCGUUGAUCUAGCAGGUGCAGCUUAGACGCUGAUACAUCAUCACAGGUUCUGUCAGCUGCCACCACCAUUCUGCAGCCGCUUAGCAGAAGUAAAACUGUGCAGCUAUAAGUGGUCUUCUCUGAGAGGAAUCUCAGGUGAGGAAUGAGAAGGGCCCUGAUCUCCAGGUUACACAUUGUGCAGUCUGUACUAACAUCUGUCUUAAAUUAUGAAUAUAUAUAUAGGCUUACCAUACUAUCCAUUUAAACCGGGACACUUAGGGAUUACACAGGUUCUGUGGCUGCUUAAAACCAGAUGAAAUGCAGGCUGGAAGUCAGCCAGCCACAGAACCUGUGUAAUUCAUGAGUGCCCCAGUUUAUAGGGACAGUAUGGUAAGCCUAAUUAUAUAUAUAUAUAUAUAUAUAUAUAAAAUCUGUGGAAUACAGUUAGAUUUGUUAUUAUUUAUACUUCUAAGGUAGCUGUAAGCAUUCCAUGCCAUUGACUAUUUUGCUUUCAUUGUCAUUUGGACAGUGAAUUAUUUGGAGCAGCACUUACGUGUACUUGACACCUGUUGACAAUUAUUGGCGGCCAUUUGUGAUCUGAAACAAAGUAAUUUGUUAUUGUGGUCUGGACCACUAUUAAUUGUGGUCCCGGCCUACAAUAAUAAGAAUACAGGCUAGAAACUCAUUAGGGUUCAGUAACGUCACUGAGGCACUUUAUGACCAGAUUUUAUGAGUCAGGGGCAUCUAAUUCAUGAGUACAACCAACUUCUGGUGAAUUCACUCAAAUAUAUUGAUUUUCAGCCACAAAAUGGCUGCCAGCUCUGCGCUUGGGGCCCUUUAGUAACAUGGCAUAACUUUUCAAACUGUCUGCUACUCCAUAACAACCACACAUUUUCUAUCUUUGAAAAUAUCUACAUACAGUAAUAUUCAUACGGAAAUAACCUAUGAAACCACUAGUGACAUUGCUGAGACUCAAAAUGGUUCCUAGCGACUUGAUAGGCUGCACCCUCACAUUUGGUUCAGCUCACAAAAUGGCCGCCUCCAAUCAUAGGUGACAGGGGCACUUUUAAAACGUCUUUGCCAUUUAUUUUGACUUGCGAUGUCUUGUUUUAUAUAUUAAAUAUCUCCAUUUUCAUCAGUGCCCACAUACUUUGUUGCCACACAAAAACUCACCUGGAAUAGCCCAGUGCCAAGGCUUAAUGUCUGUUUGUGACAUUACUCUUACUGUACCAGUUCUCAGGAAGCCAGGAAUAAUACAGCUUUUAGCACUGUGUCAACAUUACAUUCCAAUAAUGGUAGUGUGACCUGGAACAAUAUUUACUCACAGGUUAUUCACCAAAAACUCCAGCACAAAUCAUGCUGUAUUUGCAAUAAAAAAAAUGAAUAAAAAAUAAUCAAAGAAACUCUUACGAGGUACAAUAUCUUUAUUAUAACAUGGUACUAUGAUAUCUCACACAUUAUGCAGAAGUUUGGAAAUAUGUCCUCUUUACAAAGGUCUGUUUUGUUUUUAGAAGAUUUUACGUCAGUACAUAAUAGCUCCAAAAAUACCUUUUUCAAAAAGUUUUUAUUCAAAUUGAAUGAGGUACUGAGGUGACAAUCAUUUUGUAAGAACGCUUCAUACGCCAGUUAUUUUCUUAACCAAAAUACUCCGAGCAUUGUCUUGUAAAUAGAAGCUUCUGUUACAGUGACUUACCAUAUUGGCUUUAUAUGCACAACCUGUUGUUUGUCCUUCCCCCACAGAUAUUUGCUUUGUUCCGCCAUGGAAAUGUUUACUAUCAUUUGAAAGGGACUCUUUUUUUUUAUUUUAUUUUGCGUCUGUAAAUUUAAUUUUGUUGCUCCGCACCUGAUUUAUAUUAUUAUUAUUGUUAUUGUUAUUAUAAGUGGAUGUUUGAAUUUUAUUUCCAAUAAACUUCUUUUUCAUAA